AUGUUAGAAGUACUAAAUAAUUACUUCUGUAUCGGUGUAAUAAAUUGUUAUCGUAUGGGAUCGAAACAUAAUCGUGUAACAAAUACUUGUCAACCGCAGUGUCGAAAUGCCGUGUUGAAUUUAUAUCAAAAUCGCUUGGGACGAUCACUUUUACGAACCGAUAUUUCAUGUAUUCCUGGUCGAUAUGAAUUAGAAUUGUGUAAUUUAAUCCCGAAAAAAUUGCCAGUUUAUUGUAAUUUGGCGAAAUUAGCCUGUGAAGCUGAUCUGAUCUGCAGUUCACGAUAUGGCGUGUUUACAUCGGAAUGCGAAAGUGAAGCAGCACAUGGUGAAUGCAGUGUACGAUGUCGUGAACUUUUAAAUGAUACAUUAAAAACUCAACAAGGAGCUGCAUUUAUCGAUUGCACCUGUACCGAUAAAGAUGAUAAACUUUGUUUACAUCUAAAAGAUGUCAUACUGAAAUCUUGCAUGAUGAACUCGCAUACAACGAUGAUAUCAGUAGAUAACAAUUCUCGAUUAGAAGAUAUAACAACACCAGUUCAAACAAAGGAGAAGAUAUAUCAUCACGAUGAUGAUACAGAUGGCAGUCGAGUUAUUAUUAUAUCACACUCUCUAUUAAUUGUCUUACUCUGUACUUUAUUAUUCUUUCGAUGGUCUGUUUCAUUUUUUUAA